AUACUUUAACUGUUUUAUUAUACCGAUACAAACAAUCAAUCAGAAAACGUUUAAAUUAAUAUAAUUCUUCGUGUAUAUCCAUCUAGUUAUAACGUCAAAAUAAAUGUAAUCAAAUUGCACGCGCGAUGAACUGUGACGUAGACAAGUUAUGCUUUACCAAAAAGAUUUAAAAUACGUAUAGCCAAGAGACGUUGAAAUUAGACGUUGCAACGGAAUAUUUUGGAAUUUUUCCUCCGAUGAAAAGAAACUGAUAUGUGUUCCGAAUAGGAGUGUGUCUGUUCAUUGAACCGACACAUCUUUUUACAGGGAAUCAGUCUGUUUACAGCGAUUCUCGGGGAAUCAGCGAAAUAUAUCGAAUUACUCUUAAAUAGUGAAAUUUAAGUAGAGGUAUAAUAAAGAAAUACCAACUUUCGUUUUGGAUUUUAAUUCCUGGUUACAAAAAAGGACAAAGGAAUACUGCAGUUUUAAUCAUUAUAAGAAGGGACAACGAGUAUGGCAGAACAUGCCAAUAUGAAUGGACUUCAAAUGUCGAGAUAAAUCUUAUUCAGAUGGAUAACGCACAACCAAAGGAUUAUCUCAUAGUGGGGGCAAUCGACUUUGGAACAACAUUCUCAGGAUACGCUUUUUCCACAAAGCAUGAUUUUUUUAAAGACCCAAGAAACCUAGGGAACAUUAGCAUAAAGCACUGGGUGGAUCCUAUCAGCACAAUGCCGUAUAACAAAACCUCCACAUGCAUUUUGUUCACUGAAGAAAAAAUAUUCGACAAAUUUGGUUUUGAGGCAGAGGCUAAAUAUUUGGACCUGAUACUUGACAAUGAACAUGAAAAUUGGUAUUUUUUCAGAAGAUUUAAAAUGUCUCUUUACGAAAUACAGUCAGAAGUCCAAGAAAUAAUAGUUGAAGAUGAAACUGGAAAGACUAUGUCUGCUCGAAAAGUGUUUUCCGAAUCACUCAGAUUUUUAGUGAAUUCACUGUUUGAUGAAGUGAGGAAACAACAAGCCGAUAUUAAAAUGACUGAUAUAAGAUGGGUUGUCACAGUGCCAGCAAUCUGGUCUGAUCCCGCAAAAGCAUUUAUGAGGAAAUCUGCAAUAGAGGCUGGAAUAGACUCUGGUAUGUUGACGAUAGCUUUAGAACCUGAAGCUGCGGCUCUGUAUGUUAAACAUCUUCCUGUAGGGAAAAGAAUUUCUGACGACUUCGAGACAUUUGCUCCCGGCUCAAAAUACAUUGUUGUGGAUGUUGGGGGGGGUACAGUUGAUAUAACUGCGCACGAGGUGCUGGGGGACGGUCACGUCAGAGAACUUAUUAAAGCAACUGGAGGGAACUGGGGAGGCACAAAGGUGGACGAAGAAUAUAUGGAUUUUAUCAAACGCCUCAUUGGUGAAGAUACUGCAAGGUACAUUGAUGAAAACAUACCAAGUGUAUUUUUUGAAGCUUCUAGGGAGUUUGAAAUGGCCAAAAGAACAAUCAAACCCAAUUCCGACUGCAAAUUUAAUGUCAGGAUUCCCUCUCAAUUUGGGGAAACCUACUCUUUAGUACAUUGCGGUAGAGAGUUGAAAUCAGUAAAAACAGUCUUUACAAAAUAUGAAAAACAUAUGACCGUUUCAUUUACUGGAGACAAAGUCCGAUUGAAAUCAAAGGAUGCCGAAGAUUUCUUUGCUGAAUCGAUAACAAAAAUUGCUGAUUAUCUUUCAGAACUUAUUCAGCUAAAUGGUGUAAAUGACAUUACUACUAUUAUUCUUGUUGGUGGCUAUGCAGAGUCUCCAAUGCUUAUUGAGAGAAUUAAAUCCAGGUUUUCUCACAUGCGCGUAAUCAUCCCUAAAGAAGCAGCAUGGUCAAUUUUGUUUGGCGCAGUCAUUUUCGGUCACAGUCCCAACCUUAUAAAACAUAGACGAAGCAAGUAUACCUACGGCAUUUGCGUAAACAAAAAGUUCAAGCCUUCUGAACACGAUGAAAAACAUAAAUAUGAAGAAAAUGGAGAAUUUCGAUGUUGGGGGCUUUUUAGUAAACUAGUAGAGAUCGAUGAAAUUGUAUCGGUCGGAGAAUACAGAAAAAUUGAUAGGCAUUUUCAUAUAAAAGACUGUAAAGAGGAAGGGAACUUCAAAUUGUACGCUAGUACAUUGAAAAAUCCAAAAUAUGUAGAUGAGGAAGAUUGUUUCUACAUCGGGCAUAUUUUGUCGCCUGGUCAUGAGUUUCUUCCCAAACACAUCAUUUACAUCGAUGUGUGUUUUGGAGAAACGCAAAUCAUGUUCUUAGCACAGCAACCAAGAAGUAAUAAAUUUUUUCUUUGCUAUCUUGGAGAUUGAUUUAAAAGCUAAAGGCUUAUGCGUAUUCAUGUUACUAACACAAAGGUAACAAUAUAUACUUAUGUUAAUCAGAUUUGUUGAGUGAAAGAUAUCAAGACAAGGUAACAAUAUAUACUUAUGUUAAUCAGAUUUGUUGAGUGAAAGACAUCAAGACAAUAAGACUUGCAUAUUUUUCUUGAUAUUGUUUACUACAUUGUUUAGUGCAUGUACUUAUGACUCAUGUGUGGAUAUUUUGUAUCAGUCGUUUGCACAUUAUCUAUCUGAAAAUUAGACAAAAAACUAAUCUAGGGCAUAUAUUUUAAGAAUACCAAUAUUAAUUUUGAUUAUAACAAGACCACCUACUAAAAGAAAGUAUAAAAACCAUUGAUAGAACUUUUUAUUCUCUUCGAUCAAAUAUGUAAACUUCCGGUUCUCAACUUUUAUGCAGUUUGCACAGAAAAAGAGAUAUAUUGCAUCAAAGCAACACAAAACACAAGAUUUUAGUGGCACUUUUUAAGUUGUGUACUGAUCAACUACUGAUAAGUGUUAAGUAUGAAAUUCAAAGUAUACGUGGUAGUGUUGCUCGAAUCGGAUUUUUUAUAUCGUAAACAACGACAGAGGAAAUCCUGGGCGAGAAACAGAUGUAAAACUACAUUCCUUUUAACAUAUAUUUGAUAAAAUUAACAUCUGUUUUCUUAUUUUCAACAAAAAAAACUAAUUAAAAUACUUAUAGUGUUCUUAUAUUUCUUAUAUUUUAAAUAUGUUUUCAGUGCUGUUUACAAAUUUAGAGGAACAUAACACUUAAAGUUAUGACGUCAUCCUUUUGUAAAUCAAUUUGGGGGGGGGGGGGUUGUCUCGUAUAUUUAUAUAGAUUGGAUUUUUGUCUACUUAUGCUUUACAAUCUGUGAUUUUUGUCUACGAUUUGUUGUUUCAAAAUCUGUAUAAUAGUAUGAUAACUAAAAGCUUUGUUAUAUAUAUAACGUUUUCCUGUUGAAAAAUGCCUCAAGAUAAUUAACAUUAACAGUUCUCCUUGUUGGUGAUUUUGUACGUAAAUGUUGAAACAAUAUUUUUUGUACAUGGUUUUAUUUCCUAUGAUUAUUUACAAAGACUGUAAAGGGAUUUGAAAUGUUGUAUAUAUCAUUAAAGCUGAACACCGCUCGUAAAUAGGAACCGUCACACAGGUACCUGGUAUAUAAACCCUUCGAUUUCGUUACACCCGAUUGCACAUCUGAAACUCGUGGCCGGCGUGUAGUGUUCCUUUCGUUGUCUUUGGAUUUUUAAGCAUUUAAUUGUUAUUUAUGUGCACGUUAUGUCUGUAAAUAAUGCAAUGACCAGUUCAUUUGAUGUUAGUACUCUCCUGGUUUGAAAGAAGUGCGUAAAACUUGACAAUUUCAUCGCGACCGAGUAACAUGGUGAGGCAAAAUGUACGUCCACACAGGUGAGACCUCUACAGCGAUAUACUUUGAACUGUUAAGAGGUCUAUGGCUUAUAUAGGGGUGUAGGAAGAGCGGUGCUGAAAGAGAAAUAUGGCGGACAGUGCCUAUUUACGAGCGGUGUUCAGCU